GAACUAAAAGUAAUUCUCUCUAUUGUUCAAAGCCAGUAUCUAUAAUCUGUAUUCAAAACUCGAAAAUAUAAUAUCAAUGUGUUUUAAUAACUUUCGUGAAUCUUUUGUAUACUGUUAAUAUACAAAAAUGAUCGAAGAAGACAGGACAACAUUAUGGUGUGGUAAUUUACCUGAACAAGCUACUGAAGAGUUACUGUACGAGUUAUUUUUACAGGCAGGGCCACUGGAGAGGGUAAGAAUAGGGAAGGAUAAAGAUGGUCGUCAGAAAAGUUAUGCUUUUAUAACCUAUUGCCACGAAGUGUCUGUUCCGUAUGCCUAUCACCUGUUUCAAGGGACUGCACUGUUCCAUAAAAAGCUAAUGUUGCAGUUCCGAGGCCGUCCAAUGCAACUCCCACCACCAAUACGUUGCAACGGUCCAGAGCCGACCACAGAUUUUGAAGUUCAAAAUAAUGUGACUCAAAAGUUUGUAGACAUGACGGAGAAGAUGAAAGAAGAAGACUAUGCCCCUAUUCAUAGUGUACGACAAAAUCAAGAUCACAAUGAUAAGCUAGUUAUGGCAAGUUUACAGGGUAACUGGACACAUAGACACCACCCAUAUAGGCCACAUAAAGACAAUAAUUUGUACAAAAGAGAUGGAUAUAGGUCACGAGAUAACUAUGGUGACAACUACAAAGGUAACAAUCAUAACAAACAUACAAACAAUUGGAGAGAUAGAAGGAAUCACCAAAAAGGUGGUUAUCAUAGGAGAGACUGAGAAAUAUAGUUAAAAUUCUUUAUUAAAACUUAAUAUAACAGUUAUGAUCCUGAUAAAUUAAUUGGAUAGAAAAGAAGUAACUUGUUACAUAGGUAACUUGUUACUACCAGGUGGGGUUUGGCUUGAUAUUUAUAAAUACUUAUAUAUCACCUUAAUGACAUUAAAAACAGCAAUCAUCACCCAUUGCUAUGUUAAAAAUCCCAACACUUACUACUGUAGUCAUUAAAACAAACAGGAAAUAUUGUAACAUGUUUGAUGGAUAUUAUAUCAUGGUAUUAUUUAAUACUAAAUAAUAUUUCCAAGCACAGUUUCCACUUCCACAAAGUACUUACACUCUAUCUGACCAAACCAUAAAAAUUAUACAAAAUUAGAAAAAAACACGACACUAUGGCAAACCAGUAAUUUGGCUGCCAUCUUUAUUCAUUAUAAAAAAAACUUUUUUUAUAAAAAAGAAUAAUUAAUUUUUUAAAAUCUCUGUGGUAAGACUACAUUUUUGUUAAUGUAUAUAUAAAUAAAUUUAUUAAAUUUACUUUACAAUAUGAGUGAAAUAGCCUAUCUUAGUAUAUUGAAUUUUCAGAUUGAUCUGUAAAACUUAGAUGUGACCAGUCAUAUUGUAAAUUAAAAGUAUUGUAAAUAUUACCUACAUUUAUAUUCUAAAAAGAAACAUCAAUGAUUUUAUCAUAUUUUUUAUUCUAAACAAAAUGCCUUUAAAAAGAACUAAGUAGUUUUUAUCAUGUAUAACUAUUGUAUUGUUUUUAUUAUUUUUUUAUAUAAAAAUAAAUGAAAUUCACAAAAACCCUAAUUUUGAAAUAACUUUUUCAUAAUUUGCAUGCAAAUAUGGCAAAUAUUAAUUUUUCAAAGGGUUAUUUCAUACACUUCCCUAAUUAAUUUAGACGUAAUAGUCCUCAUAAUUCUCAAGUUUGAGUCUGGCUUGUAGCAAAAAAGUGUCAAUUUAUGAUUCCAACUACCUCUCUGAUGUGGUAAUAUCAUUAAUAAAUCAAUCAGUGACAACUGUACCAUUGCCACAUAUCAUAUUAGAAUUAAAUAUGCUAAGCAAAAUGUGGGUACAUCGGCAAUUACGUUGGCCAUCAUAAUUAAAACAAAUGACAAAUGCUUCCCAUUGCAUUGACUACCCAUUCCGGUAGGACAAUAGUAAUUUUUUAAGAUAAUUUUUUAUUGUAUUAUUAUUUAUCAUAAAACCCAACAAUCACUUUACUGUGUUAUUGUAUUUUUCUAAAUAUAUUUCAUUAGCUUUGAAAUCAUAAAAAUAUAUUACAAAAUACACUAAAGUAUUGUGUAUAAGAUUGCCCUCUGUGGUGAUUUUAAAUUUUAUUUUAUUGAAAUAAAUAUGUAAUUACGUUUUAAAGUAAUUCAACAAAAUUCACAAUUGUGCAGUUAAAAUAUUAUGAUUGUUGCAUAGAUAUUUUAUUAAAAAGUGCAUUCUAAAUUGA